GCGCGAUUCCCUUGAUGCCUAGCGCACCCACCAGACCACAACUUGUUGAAAAAAAUAGUGUGUUGCCAUCAUGGCUUCCUCCAAAAUGAAGCUUUCUGAUGGCGACUGGGUUUGUCCCGACCCAAAGUGUGGAAAUAUGAAUUUCGCGCGUAGGAGCUCUUGUAAUCGCUGUGGUAGAGAAAUGACAUCUUUGGCAGAGAAAAAAUGUGUUGAUACAAUCAAGCUGAGUGGAGUAGAGCUGGGCAAACAAGCUGCAUCAAAAAGUGGAGGUCUGUUCAGUGCAGAAGAUUGGAUUUGUUCAAAGUGUGGCAAUGUGAACUGGGCUCGUAGAAACUCCUGUAACAUGUGCAACAAUGCAAAGUUUUCUAAAGUAGAAGCCAGAACAGGUUAUGGAGGAGGGUAUAAUGAAAGGGGGACCGUAGAAUACAAACCCAAAGAGGAAUCAGAUGAUGAGUAUGAUGAGUUUGGUAGAAGGAAAAAGAAAAAGGGUUCCCAGAAUGCUGUCACGCAGAAUGAACCAAAACCUCAAGUGAUUGAAAGCAAAAAGGAAAUUGAGGAAGAGGAUGAAGAAGAAGAUGAUGAGGAUGUUGAUGUUUCAAAAUACAACCUUGAUGAUGAUGAGGGCGAUGAGGAUGAUGAUGAUGAUGAUGCUGAUCUAUCAAAGUAUGCUCUUGAUGCCUCCGGUAGUGAAGAUGAAGCACCCAAGAAAAAGGGCCGUUCAAGAUCAUCAUCCAGUUCUAGAUCCCGUUCACGCUCUCGUUCUCGGUCCCCAAAAAGACGACGUCAUGGCAGUCACAGUAGUUCUUCCUCAUCUAGCAGAGGCUCAUCUCGAUCCAGUUUGAGGUCCCGUUCCUCUAGGAGCUCAUCCUCAAGAUCAAGAUCCCCACGGCACAAGAGAACACGCUCAAGCUCCAGAGAACGGUCUCGGCGUUAGUAUGAUUGCCCUCAACUCAAGCUGUUAGGUCAAUUGCUUUGCAGGAGGUCACUAUGACUGGCUGUUAGCUGUCGAGUGUAGAGAUUUAGCAGGGUUUGAAGAAGCCUUAUAUAAAGCAAAUGUUGCUUCUUCCAUGCUCUGCAAUACUGUGACAGAACUGGUGCAGUUAUCCACUUGGUAGAUAAUACAAGAAAAAGAAGGCGCCAUACUGUAGCUGUGCACUCAGUAAUGUCUAAAAGCACAAUCUUAUUCAUAGUCAUCUUGUAGUGUUUGGUAAAAAUAAAAGCCAAAAUUUUUGUGA